GUUAGUGGCACUUUAACUCCACUGUUUUAAAUACAAUCAAUUAAUGUUGGUUACUAUCUUAUUCAUAUUUUGUAUUUUCUACACUUCUGAUGCAUUUAAAAUGACAAAAGUUGAAGAAAAUAACUAUGGGAUGCGAAACAUUACUUGGGAAUGUGAAUUUUGUCUAUCAGGAUGUAGUUUAGCACGCUAUUUUGUGAAUGAUUUCUAUUGGCGUGAUAUAUACAUGUUGGGUGCUGAAAAACUGUGUGCAUUCAUCUCUUCUGAAAAAAUAAAAAAAAUUUGUGACAAAUACACCUCGAAGUACUUACCAGAGAUUUUGGAUGCAAUAGGAUCAGUAUUCGUACCUGAAGAAAUUUGUUUGGACUUCAAUAUAUGCAAUUUUACUGAGAUUAAGAUGUUUACUAUCCAAAAAAUUUUUGCACAAGAUAUUAAUGAACAUUCGAUAUUCCAUUAUCGUAUAUAUCGAGGAUAGUUUUGGCCAAAGUAAUUCAGUGUAUGCGCCUGUGAUUGUAUUAUUGAAUAAUUUCAAGAUUUUCAGUAUUAAAGGGCAAUUCGAUUUUACUGAUGAUUGUCAGUCAACAGGACUGUAACGUUUCAUAAUACAUUUAUAAAAGUAAUUUGUUUGUAAACUGUAAUAAUUUCCGUGUAUGCAACAUAAAACAUGAAGUCCUACAGAAUAGUUUUAUACACAUAGUUCCCUUUAUCAUUUUGAAAAGAGCAAGAACAAAGAUUCUAGCAGAAUAGCAUGAAUUCAUUUUUAUUUCGUUGGUUCUCGUCAGCUGCUUACAACCUGUGAUAUUUAAAAAUCAUAAUUACAUAAUGGGUUUAAAUUGCUUACUGAAUAUUGUAAAUAUGUACCUAAUGUGAAAGAAUAUUCUACACAACUAAUUGUGACAACAGUUCAAAAGGGCGUUAGAAACAAUCGAUUACAUAAUGAAUAAACGUUGAUAGGAAUACAGUGAGUAGAGUUCAGUUGAAAGAUUAUUAAUUUGAAAGAUAGUUGAAAAAAUAAAAUCAACGAUGUAAUAAAUACAAAAGAAAAAGAAAAAAAUUUAAUGUGCAGGGAAAAAAUAUUUGUCACCAAGGCAAGGAAAGAUUAACAACCGUCUCCUUUUGAACACAUAGGUCAGGUUUUUGACGCCUGGUGGCAACGGCUUCAGCAAACUUCAGAAGACUGGAGUUUGGCUGCUUACUAAUCACCCUAAAGGAUUGUAAGGUAUCUACCUGGUGUCCUGUAUCAAGGAGAUGUUUGGUGAUUGAACUAUUCAGAGUCUUUCUUUCUCUUGUUCUAAUACUUUUUGGAACAUGUUCAAAAAAUCUAAGAUAUGCUCUCCUUUCAGUUCGGCCGAUGUAUCUGCUUUAGCAGGUACACGUAAAUUUAUAAAUACAGUUGGCGGUAACAUGAAAGGGGUGCUUGUCGACCUUUGAUUGGGUUAUUGAACAUGUUGUUUUAUAGAAAAUUAAAAGUUUAGCAGCCGGAUAAGUUCUGGCUAGCGCAGUGUUCAGUCUUCUGUUGAUUAUUUGUGCGACGUUAUCACCUUUAAAGUUAAGAUUUAUAUAUAAUGGCUUUUUAUUGACCGUAGUUAUUUCCGUCUUGUUUUCUUUGGGCUUUUCAGGAAUCGAGAACCAAUCAGCUAUAAUGUUAAAAAUAUAACAAAAUCUGAACAUUUUUGCUCUACCUAAUACUCUUUAAGUGUUAUUAAAUUUUAGAAUGUACACAACAUAAAUUAUGCUAUGAUAUAUUUGGUCUUUAUGUUUUGAGUCAUCAUUUUAAUACUAUCUAGAUGUAUUAGUUACUACAAUUAUUGACGAUUGUGACCUUUUGUUUGUUAACAAACUGCUUUGACUAGAAUAAACUAUCUUUCCUUGUGAUUAUCCAGUUUUUAACUUCAAGCUGAUAAAUGAAUGUUCGAAAUUUCAAACACUAGAGUAAUAUAAAAAUCUUUGAUGAUCAAAUAUGUCAGUAUAGAUAGAAUGUUUAUCAUUCAAUAUGAAUUAAUCUCCAACUAAGAAAAUAACUUUUUAAAAAAAAUUCAUUCCAAAUCCAAAUAUAUCCUUAGAAUUAGA